GCGGGGCGAGCGGCGGCGGCGGCGGCGGCGGCGGCUGGUGAGUGCUCUGCCGGACCGGGAAGUCUCCCCGAGUCCGCCCUUCGUUCUGGACCCGGCGGCCCGGCGGGGCCGGGCCGGGAACCUGGGGCUCCUGAACUUGGCGCUGGAGGUCCCCCCUGCCCGGGUCCGGUUUCUGGGCGCGCGCCGCGGGCAGGUGAACAGCUGCGGGUGGGCAGGCCGGCGAAUGGGAAAGUCUGGCCGGGGGUCUGUCACAGCCCAGCUUCCGCAGCACAUCGCCCGUGUCACUGGACACCUGUCCCCUCUGUACCCCCUCCCCCGGCGCCCCCAGGCUGCUCCCGCGAGCGGAGCCAUCGAGACUGCAUGGAGAUCCUGCAUAGGAAACUUCCUCCAGGUGACCAGGGAUCAGGAUCCACCGGCUCCUGAUGACCGAUCAUUUUCCCUAAAGCAAUGGCAUGGACCAAAAUGAGAAAUUCUGUUGCUGAUUGCAAAGUGAAAAGGAGGCAGGCAACAGACUGAGGGCUGCGGAGCAAAAGAUGGACCCCUGUGAAGACCUGGAAACGUCCAGCGGUAAAUCUCUGGACUCCAGGGGGACCGAACCUCAGGAAUUUGAAGGACCACAGGCCUGCGGCUCUGAGGCCCUGCGGAGAGGAAACGAGGAGAUGUGGAGCCCACACGUGGAGAACAGCAACAGUGAACAGCAAGAUCGAAACAGAGUUUCUGAAGAACUUAUAAUGGUUGUGCAAGAAAUGAAAAAAUACUUGCCAUCGGGGAGACACAGUAAGCCGAGCACCGUCGAGGCCCUCAACUAUGCACUUCGCUGCGUGCACAGCGUACAAGCAAACAGUGGGUUUUUCCAGACUCUCAGUCAGAGUGGAGCGCCUCAAGCAGCUGCGACCGCAUACAAUCUUGAGGAGCUGGCCACGGCUGCCUCGGGGUACACUUCCAAAAACACAGAUACCUUUGUGGCAGUGUUUUCAUUUCUGUCUGGAAGGUUAGUGCACAUUUCUGAACAGGCUACUUCAAUCCUGAACUGUAAGAAAGACUUCCUGGAGUCUUCGCACUUUGUGGAACUGCUUGCUCCCCAAGAUGUGAGGGUCUUCUGUGCACACACUGCCCACGCGCAGCUUCCCCUCUGGAGCAACUGGACCCAGAGAGCAUCUCAGUACGAAUUUGCUCCGGUGAAAUCCUUUUUCUGCAGGAUCCGGGGAGGCCAAGACACAGAGCAAGAAAAGCAUUACUACCCAUUCCGGAUUAUCCCAUAUUUGAUGCAUGUACAUAGCUCUACCCAGCCGGAAUCUGAGCCCUGCUGUCUCACCCUGGUGGAGAAGAUUCACUCCGGUUAUGAAGCUCCUCGAAUCCCGGUGGAUAAAAGAAUUUUUACCACAACACACACCCCAGGCUGUGUCUUUCUUGAAAUAGAUGAAAGAGCGGUGCCUCUGCUGGGUUACCUACCUCAGGAUCUGAUGGGAACGUCUGUCUUAGCGUAUCUGCACUCAGAAGAUCGUUCUCUCAUGCUUGCUGUACACCAAAAAGUCUUGAAGUAUGCAGGCCACCCUCCCUUUGAACACUCACCCAUUCGAUUUUGUACUCAAAAUGGAGAUUACGUCAUCUUGGACUCCAGCUGGUCCAGCUUUGUGAACCCAUGGAGCCGGAAGGUAUCGUUCAUCAUUGGUCGGCAUAAAGUUCGAACGAGUCCACUGAAUGAGGAUGUUUUUGCUACCAGAAAAAGAAAGACGAACAGUAAUGACAAAGACAUAACAGAAUUACAAGAACAAAUUCACAAACUUCUCUUACAGCCGGUUCACGGGAGCGCCUCCAGCGGCUACGGAAGCUUGGGCAGCAGCGACUCGCAGGAGCCGCGCCUCAGCCUCGCGUCGUCCAGUGAGUGCAGCGGAGCCCGCGCCGAGGCGGCGCGCGGGGAAGCGCUGACUUUGCAGCAGGUCUGUGCCAGUGUGAACAAAACUAAGAAUCUAGGUCAGCAGCUCUACAUUGAGUCAAUGGCCAAGUUACCAGAUGAACAGAAGGCCCCAUCUGCCGUCCAGACAUUGAAAAACAAUAGCGUGCCCAUGGAGUCCUUUGAAAACUGGAGAGAAGACCAGCAUAGCCCAUCCUAUCAGCAAAUAAACUGCAUUGACAGUGUUAUCAGAUACUUGAAGAGUUACAACAUUCCAGCUUUGAAAAGAAAGUGCAUAUCCUGUACCAAUACAACCUCUUCAUCCUCAGAAGAAGACAGACAGAACCACAAGGCAAAUGAUGCCGAAGCCUUGCACGCUGUGUCUCAGAGCCCACCCGGAGCUAACCUGGAGAUGCCGACUGCCGGGCGGGCCGCACACGUUGCAGGAGGCGCUCCGCGGACACUGGCCCCCGAGGCGCUGAGCCUGGGCUCCCGUGUGAGCAGCGACAGCAGCACCAUCGGUCAUGCCCCACCCCCAGAGUCAGAAGUGAUUCCAGCAGAGGAUGCUGCCCCAGCGUGUGAGCCCUGGACCCCAGGCACACACCCAGCUCCACUAACCUCAAAAGAAUUUAAACACAUAGGGCUCACGAAGCCUGUUCUGUCAGCUCACACCCAGAAGGAGGAACAGAAUUAUGUUGAUAAAUUCCGGAAAAAGAUGCUCUCAUCGCCCUACAGAUCCUGUCUUCAGCAAGAAAGCAGAAACAAAGCUAAACAUUUGUGUACAGUUCAAGGAGACUCUGCUUCCAAGCAGGCCCAAUCAGCUGGCUGCACAAAGGAGAAGCACAGGCGGAAGAAGCCGCGGGGACUGUGGAACAGCAGGGGCGCUCAGGACACCUUCUGUCCCCGCUUGGGAGGAGAUGGCCAGUACAGGCAGCCCUGGGGCCCUUCCCUUGCCUCCUCUCCACAGGCCUCCAGCCUGUCCUUCCCGGCUGCCCUGAUGGUUCCCAGCCUGGCUCCUUACCUCAUCCCGCCCCACCCCGCCCCGGCCCUGCCCUCUGUGGGAAGAGCGCACGCAGCAUCCCUGACCACACUUGACCAGCUGCCUAAGCCCCCUUUAUGGAACGACUUGCAGUCUUUUCCUGCUCUCCCUUCUCCUUCCUUAGAUACUGUGAUGACCAUUUUCCUGCCUGACCCCCCUGGCUGUCCCCUCUUGCCACCAUCCUUCUGUCCGUAUGCGUUCCUGGGAGCAGCGGGCUCUUCUGGAACACCGCCCUCGGUAUCCGCGGUGACUCCACACCUGGAGCCGCCAUCCUCUGUCUUCAGCCAGAGGUGGGCAGAGGGAAAAUGGGAGACGCCAUGUGGAGAGCACCCCUGCGUUAACUCAAGGAGCAGCUCACCACUACAGCUAAACUUACUGCAAGCAGACAUGCUCAGAUCCUGUGAAUCUUCAGAUCAAAUGAGAAGGGAUAUUUGCUCGGAAGCUAAGUAUUGUGUCCCGGGCAAUAGUGGGAAGAAGAGCCGUCAUGUUACCGCCAGCGAACUGUCCAGGGCAUUACUAUAUGAGGAGUCACCAUCUGCAACGGGCUCUGUGGCAUCAGGAAGCAGUGAGAGCAAUAUGUACUUCGCUAGUACUGAUUAUUCUUCUGAAAUCACCUCAAACGGGCAGCAGUCUCAGGAUGUACAAAAGGAAACAUUUCCCAGUUUAGCUGAAGAGUCCAUGUGGAGAAUGAUAAAACAAACUCCUGAGUGCAUUCUAAUGACAUAUCAGGUACCUGAGAGGGUGACAGAGGCUGUCCUGAGAGAGGACCUGGGGAAGCUGGCGGGCAUGCGGGGGCGGCAGCCCCGGUUCUCACGCGGGCAGAGGGAGGAGCUGGUCAAGGUGCACUCUUGGAUUCAGAGCCAGACGAUCCCUCAAGGAAUAGACAUCCAGAUGACAUCAUGUCAUGCUGCCCGCUCUUGUUCUUUCUCGGAGGGCUGCGUCACUUGCGAAAGCCAAGACUCCCUCGGCGAUGCCGCAGAACCCCGUGGUCAAGCUGCAGCAGAGAACAGCGGUUGAGUGGCCGUGGACGCGCGCCCCCCAGGACCCGCUGGACAACUGGACCUCUUCGUGUGUCUCUUUAAACCCCGACUCUAAGUGACCAUGAAGUUGUCUCUGAAUGUUAAGGUUUUCCCUUCUUGAUUUUUUUAAUAGGCAUCAUUUCUCUGAAGCAGACGUCAUACAUACAGUCUUUUAUGUCCAUGUUCCUAGAGUCUUACAGCUGUCAGUUAGGUUGUUUUCUAGUGUAGCUGUCCUCUGAGGAGAUCGGAUGGCCUCUAGACAGGUGUGUGCACAGGUGGCACCCGAAAUCGACGGCAGUCAGAAGUAUAGCCAGAAAGAGCCCCGAACCUUGGCCUCCUUCAUUUUGUUCUGUUGUUACAGAAAGCAUUUUCCCUGUGAGAGCACUUGACAUCCCACCUGCAGGCCAUCUAGUUUUCAGAAUGGUUCCCAGAAACGUAGUACUUUCAUCUGGUCCUUGGGCAGCUUGGCGCGUCCUUCCGUAAUUCAAAUGAAACGUUCUCAUUUGCCCACAACAUGAGUCGCUUCUGUAUUUACCAGUAGUACCAAAUACCACCCGUCGGUACACUGGACGUAUCUGCGUGUUGGGGUUGGAUUUUGAGCGUUGUUCAUGUGGACACUUUUCCUUUUAAUUUUCCACCUUCCACUGAAAUUCCCAAAGUCCUGCCUUAACAAUCGACUUACCAUGAGCUUAUUUGUCAGAGAGUUGAAGUUAGCUUUUGCAUGUGUGACAUUAAAAUAGAAAGAGCUCCUCACUCAUCCAGUGGUAUUCCCCUUUCUAAUGUUUUUGGUUUUAAAAUAAUGACUGUAAAAAGUUUCAGAAGUCAUGUCAAAAAUAAUUGGUGUUUAAAUGUUGUCUCACCCAAAAUUAACAGUUAACUCUUUCUUUCCAACCAAUUUACACACAAGAGGUCUGGCCAUCCUUGUCGGAGGUUUGUAAGUGCCGUGACGGGCUGCGCGGGGACAGCAGCGGUCCAUGGGGACAGCAGUGGCCCGUGGGGGCUCCACUGUCCUCGCUGGAGUGCAGAAGCAGCCAGAGAUCAGUGCUUCCUGUGCCAGCCGUGAUUGUGUCUUCUAGGAAGUGAAUGGGUUGUUUACUGGAUAAGUUAGCUCCGUGUUCUUUAGAGAAGUCCAUGAUUCCUGCCCAGACUCAGUAUGACCCACGCAGAUCAGAAAGAGGACUAGAAGCAAGUGAAGGAGCAGUAACCUUUUAUCUUUUAUAUAACAGACUGAUUUUUCUUUUUUUGUUGUUUUGUUUUGUUUUCUAUUUUGUUUUAAGAAAACACUCUUCCUCUUUUCAAGUUUUAUACUUUUUUAUACAAGUGCAUCCUGAUAAUAAUUAGGAGACUCAACCUUUUUAUCCAUGAUUCCAUGGUGACUGCAGGGCCCUGAUUCUUAGUUCCCGUAGCUCGGGUUUCCUUUCUAAAGUAGGUUUUCCUAGAAGGCAAUUCUAUGUGUCGGAGCCAUUUUCAAAUGCUAAGCUGUUCCAUGCAACUACUCCAGUGUUAUGACUGGGGAGCUCUCAUAUUCUACUCCAUCCUGAUCGCUGAGUGAUUUCAGAGCCCUCGUCGUGUUGGUUAGGUUGUGUGGUAUUUUUGCCCUUGGUGAAAAAUCAAAUUUUAAAAAACUAACCAGCCAAGAUAUUAUCCAUCAAUGUACUCAUCAUGACCUUCUGCAGGGACAAAAAUUUUAAUUUGUAUAAAUGAGAAACGACAUGUGGCUGUCAGAGGUCACUCAGCUUCAUGCAGCACGUUUUAUACCUUACAUUCUCCAGUCACGUAAGCACCUCUUUUUCAUUCUUUCUGGAUAUUGGUUUUAUCUGAAUUUGCUGAUCUCUUUGCCUUAGUACACAUUUUAUGGAGUGCAUAUUAUGCCAGACUUGACAUGAAACUGGUGCUUGUUGUAGGUAGAUCUGUAAUACUGUUUAUAACUUUCAUAUGUUGACAAGUAGAUUAGUUGGCGUGUUUAGGGAUUGGACCGUGACGCUCGCACUGCUGGAGGGGAGAAAUGAGGCUCAGCAGUGACGCUGCUGCCCCCCCGAGGGGGCUGUACCCACUUUUACACUUUGUUGUUCAAGUUUAUUAACUUUUUGUAUUAAUAACUACAGAAAUUGGUAAUAAAAAUGUGUAUUAUAGGCUUCCAUGUUUACAUAAAUGUUACCCAAAAAGCUGCAUUUUCUUGGGUAAGAGGUCAGGAUUUAUGAAAAACGGAAUGCUGUGUGAAUGGAGUUGUUUUGCAAUUAAGUAAAACUUCGUUAUAAUUCACAAGGUAAAUUUAAUCUAAAUUGAAAUUCCAUUUCGACUGAAUUUAUAAUUGUGUGAAUUUACUUGUUUUUAAUGGUUAUUAAUAUUUCAACCAGGUAUCUUUUUCAAGUAAAAACAAACUGUGUACAUGUAGAACCGGAGAUAUUUUUGCAUCGUGUCAAUAAACCUUUGC